GUCAAUCGAUCUGGAGAGCUUUAUGCUGAGUAUUCUAUCAGCGCUGAGUUAACCGAUGUGGUCAUGAGUCUGAAUAUAUUUCAGUUGCAGCAGAUUCUUAUUCUGUUAGAUUACUUGCAAACUAGCCAAUUGCGUGAGAGGUAUGGGCGGUAUCGUCCCUGCUCCACUUCCUUAUCGAGGAAACCUCCAGGAUGGCAGAAACUUUGGUAG